UGAGGACGAGAACCGCCGACACUGGAUAGGAGAAGAAUGGUUUCUGAUGGAAAUAUCGGCGGCUCCCGUCUUGAGGCUGUUCCCUCAACAUUUUCUUACUGGCUCUACGUUUCCACGACUUGCAAAGUGACGUCGCUGUGGUCACUCCUCCUCCUGAGUGCACUUUCUUGCAAUCUCGCCUUUGCCACCUCUGCGGCGCCUGAGGUAACAGUCACGACUCCAACGCGCACAGACCAGGACGCCAAAGGUUCCCUCGGCUUGGUUGUUACUGCAGAGCCCUCUACAACGCAGUCUCAUCCUACGGGACAAAAUGGGGGUACUUUGCCGUCUACAACCACCAAAGGAAGCACGCCCUACCGCAAAAGCGAAUACACUAUUAACGAAAAGGGUUACCGAGCUGUUAGUCCAACGGGAACAAGCAUCACAGAGGUGCCAGCUGCGCCAAGUUCGUCACCAUCUUACACAACAAGAGCCACCCAAGAGGAAGUAAAGGCGACUACUUCAGCGACUCGCUGGAACGCUAGGCAACCCAAGCAUACGGGCACCGCAGCUCUGAGACCAUCCCAGAACAGCAAAGUGUUUUUCGAUUCCAAAGUACCCAAGAGGAAAUCUGGUAGUGGCUAUGAAAUCCCACGAGCAUCGUCGAUUCCAAGGGGAGCAGAAAUUCAGCGGAAGACGACAGCUAGACCUGUGCAGUCAAGAACAAGGGCACCGAAACUGUACGCGAAAUUUACAUCCACGGAGCCGACGCUUCCGUUGACUCUAGUACAGAAGAAGAACGGGGAGCCUCAGCCAAGGUCUCCUCUUGCCCCGACGAACCGUUUUCGACAGAGGCCCCUGAGUAGGACGCCAAAGACGACGAAGGUGACCUACAACGAGAAGCCCGCGACGACGACAGUAGAAACGCACGAGUAUUCAAAGAAAACCGCGAACGCUCAAGAGAUUCAAACAACCGGAACGGCGAAUGUUCAAACAAAAGUAGCCCCAGCACCUUACCACGAUGAAGACAACGGAUAUGGAAGUUACAAGCCCCAUUUAGGAAGAGUACCUCAGAGGCAAACGCUGAAGACGCAAGCCACCAAUCCCCAAGAGCAGCACACGAGAACUGAUUAUACACAACCAAAGCCUCCAGGAAAGGUGCCGGAGAAAACGCAGGGCCAGACAUAUAAGUUUAAGACACCUCAUUCUAGUCGGUACAUGUAUUUUGGCAAACAAGCUGGAGCUGCACCGGCGUUGCAUACACCGCAUCCAACAGUGCAAACGUUCACAACUGAGCACGUCACUGCCGUGCCCGUGGUGAAAACAGCAAAAUACGUACCUGUAAUCCACACGGGCCACCAGGCUUCCGUGCAGGAUAGUUCUGCCUCACAAAACGUAAAUAGCAAUAGCGACAAGUCACACGACAGCGCGUACAGGAUACAAGGAAACCCACAGCAGGGUUCCGUUGACAGUGGCUCAACAGAUGGAGCAGCGUACAAGGCCUCGUACGGCACUAACUACAAGCAUACAGUCCAUCAGCCGACUGGACUAGUGCAAACCGGCCAGCAGGAAACAUAUGCCCCUGCAACGACUCUGGGGAAAGGGUAUAGCUCGCAGAUAAGUCACGAACAGCAGCAAUAUUCCCACCAGAUCCCGUCAAGUCAUACUCAACAUGUGCAACAGUCUCACGUUGUCUAUCACCAAGCUAACACUCUGCCGCCAACGCAAACGACUUCGGCUACACCUUUACAGAAGGUCACGCAAACUAGUUACUCCCAACCACUCCAGCCGCCUCAAAGACCUUUCACGGCUACACCUAGCCCGAGUGUGUACGCAACACCGACUGGUCCUCUGCAACACUUGCAAGUCACACGGGGACACCUGAACGCUCAUCAAGUGGCCGUGCCCGUCGUGCACGGUGGAAACGCGGUUCCGGUUCUUCAAGCACCAUUUCCUUUGCCUCAUGGAGGCCAAAUAGCUCACGACGGACGGGCCCUGCUUGUUGAAAUCAACAAUGGGUACCGCGGGACACCACAACAAGGGCAGUUGCUCAACCAUCCAGUACACCCUGCUGGACAGCCCCAGCUGUUCCAACAAGUCAGGCAGCAGGGCCCGUUCGUUCAACAGUACGUUGGGCAUCCAGGAUUCCAGCAUCUCCAAAACGUUCGACAGAAUCAAGGUUUCCGUGUUCCAGUCAUGGCAUUCUCGCCUCCGAGGCACGUGGCCCCCCAGCAGCCUUCCGUGCUCUCAAACCUUGGCCAGUCCCUGCCCCAAGUACAACAGCCGUUCCUUUUCGGGGGGCCAACAGUUCAGCAGCAGCAGCAGCAGCCGUUGCGACAACAGCAGAACCAAUUUUUCAUUCCAGAAAACGGAGUGUUCCAGAAAAUCCUUACACAAGGACCUGUGCCACUUGAACUUAAAGUACAACCACUGUACGGCUCUAACCAGCCAGAAGCUAAAGAGCAGCUGAAGGUGGGACAAACAGCGAAGAACUUUUUGUCCACGGCGAAUCAGGCUACAGGUAAUCAACAGCAAGCUGUGACACAGGGGGCCAACCAAGAACAAAUAGCUGCCGUAAACAUGCUCGUUGAUGCUGCGAAGAAGGCCCUGCUGUCGGCUGGGAACUUCCCGAAUCAAGAUGUGUUCUUCGUGGAUGCUACGCAGAACGGUCAGCUCCCCCCUAACGUUCUGCAAGCCGUGCAGCAGGCGACUGGCGGAGGAGUAAACGUGGUUGCUUUGAAGAACGCUUUCUCUGGACAGAAAAAUCUGCAACCUGGACCAGUUCCGACGAACGUCAAAGUCAGCGACAAACUGAACGUUCAACUCUCCGGGUUGGUGGUUCCGCAUCACGAAGCAGUCGGCAAGCAUGUCCACAGUGGCCACGAAGGAAAGCUGAAUUUCAACGAGCCGUUGAACCUGCAUAUUCCAAUCGGAGAGUUGCCUCCGCGCCCAGCAGUGAAUGUUCGCAUCAAGGGUCCUGACGGAAGGAUUUCACAAGUGCUGGUACCAUUGCACGAUGCCACCAAGCACCAGUCAAACCCGAGCAACGCGUACCAGAAACACUCGACAUUCCAGGCCAGUCCUUUCCAAGGCAGCCGUGGCUUCCACGACAUCCCUGCUCCCAACCUCAGCUUCAAGGAUGGGCCGCAGCUAGGAAGUUCGUCAAACCAAAUUUCCAUCGGUGGUGUGCCUCUGCAAGGCUUCCAAGGUCAAGAAGGGAACGUUAGACUUAUCGAAGGCAUGCAGUUGGCAGAAUUGCCUUUUCUGAACCAAGAUGCUCUCGCUGGUGCUGAAAUCAUCCAUCUCAAGGCUUCCUGAGCCGUCCUCCGACACACCGAAAGACAGACCUGUUGAACGGGACUCGCGUAACUCUUCCAGGGAUCGAAGGCACAUCACGUGACAUAUAGCAAGAGCCUGUGAUAUACAGCGUUUCGUUUCAGCAUGGGACCGGGUGGUUUCAGGAGGGCCUGCGAAUUAUUCGGGGAAUGUAAGACAUCCAGUGAACAUGGACAUGCCAUCGAAUAACAUCGCGGUGCCGCGCUUCCAUUUUGGCACCUUAUCAGCGUUUCAGUUAGUACAGGGUUCCUAUCCAUCUUAUAUACCAGUGUAUCGUGCGGUGGCGUGUUCCAAAUUGUCUUCUCCGCACGUUACUCCAACUGCUCAUGAAAGCUGAUUAGGGUUUUCUUUUGGUAUAGGGGUCACGUGGUGACGUGCUAGCCUGGAGAUAUAUGCCUAUGACGAACCUCUUUCAUAAUUGCCUAUUCGCAUGCGGCCUUGAAGGCGCCACGGAACAUUGUCUGUGCGCCCGACAGGUGGCGCUCUACACACCGAUUCAGGCGGAACACCUCUCUCCGGGUAGGACGUGACAUCUCGGCGGCCCGGAUAGGGCAGUCCAAGACUGCUAGGUGAUAGACACGUGAGCUUGUUUCGGCGCGCAGCAAGAGUGGUUCGGUGAAGAGCCGCUAAGCUGCGACGCGAUUAGGAAAGGGGUCCAUUAUAUUUGCUCGCCCUUGAUAAGAUGGAAUACAUUUUUUUAUUCCUUCAAGCUCACGAAAGCAUGGAGAACGUUAAAGUGGGAUACGGUGUCAGUGGCUCGUGUUCUAAUUACGCCGGUACCUGAAGCAUGAGACCACAGAACUUGUACCCUGUGUAACAGCGUUCCUUCGAUUUCGAACAUGCGACUGGAAAGUCGUCGAAUCUUUCACUGUUCUGUCAUGCCGGCAAGGGUGCAUUGUGUGAAAUUCAGGGAAAAGACGGGUCUUGUACGCAACAAAUUCAUUCAUUCAUUCUGCUGUUCGGCAAAGCAUGGGUGUCAUUGGAAUCGUCCAGUGACGCCGUCAGUGUACAUAGCGAUACUAUGGAGGUCACCACGAGCGUAUCCACUUUUAACAGAACGAAAAUACUGGGAAUAAUUUCGUAACGUUACGCUGUGCCAUAGCAUAUUCUACGUUUCACCCCAAGGCGACGGAAGUACCCACAUUCGCCGUUCGAGACAUCUCAAAGCAUAGGUUAGUGAUGCGCCCAGAUAGCGCGCUAUAAUAACGGGUCCAUAUAAAACCGCAAAGGCACAUCCACAAACAGCGCAGUGUGAACAGUGAAAAAUGUUAACUGUGGUCGCCGGUGGUAAUGUACCAUUUGAUCAGUGAUGAAUUUCCCUUUUUUCCUUUAGCGCGAACU